UCAAAGUCAUCGAUUUCACUCGAUUCCACAAGCUGCUUCGUCUGCCACUGUAUUCGAUUCUCAAGUCAAAACACAAACUCAUCGAAUCUUAACCCAAAAUGGCAUCAUCGGCGCCACAGGGAUCUGUUGAUCCACUUACCGCGAAAGACCCGGCGAAGGCGUUAACUGCCGUAGCUUCUGGAUUCAUUGAGAAUGUGAAGAGAAACAGGCAAAGCUUCUUCCAGUUCUUCGCCAUGACUGGAAUUUUGCUUCUGAGCUUCCGAUCGGUAAGUCAGAAGUACCGAAUCCACGAUCUGGAGGAAGACACGGCUGUUCUCAAGAAGGAGCAUGAGAGUUUGACGGAUCGUAUGAAUAAAAUUAAGAGCGAUCUUCUUCAUCAAGCUUCGAUUGACUCGACCGGCGUCUUUGCUUCUCGUAUCCGUCUACUGUUCGGUGACGAUAAGAAGUGAUUAGAGAAUUUUGAUUGAUUUAAGGUCAACGAGGUUAUGAAUUAAGUGUUAGUAGUAGUGGGAAUAAGGUCCAGGAGUAGUUGAGUUGUGUUAUUUGUUUCGUGUUGUUAAACUCCGAGGCAGUUCAGUUCUUGUAUUUUGGCUAUUUAAACGCCUUUGAAGAUAAUGAGAUCGAUAGAGUUUUCAGUCUCAACAUUCAGUUUCUAUUCUCUUUUUCAGACUUUCAAUA